AUGGGUGACUACCUCUUCAUUCAUGGUGGAAUUUCUAAUGCUUCUGAAAAGUCUCAAGUUUGCCGAAACUCGCUCUACAAAAUUCGUGUAUUCCCUUCUCUUGGUGAAUGGACAGAAUUAACAACAGCUGAUUCCCCCUUUUUGAGUCAGCAUAAAUGUAUUCCUCAUUACUCCAGCGGUUGCCUUUGUUUUGUUGGAGGCUGGACUGGUAAAGUCAGGUCUGCGGGUGUCCAUGUAUUCGAUACCAAUUCCGGACGUUGGUUACCGCCAGCAUUACAAGAACCCCAUUUGAAGGGCCUCCCAAAGGGCUCGGGUCUUUCGGGUCACUCAUUGACUCCUAUAGUUACACGAGGCAAUCAAGUAGCUGCCCUUGUAAUCGGCCGGGAGGGCUCUCUACGUACCCAGCGUAGGCACGGUAACGCCUACAUUUUGCGUGGUAAGAUUAAUGGCUCAUUGAAGCAAAAUGGAAGCGGUGACCCUGGAAGAAGUCAAUCAUCAUUUGUAUACACUGAAAUGCUUUCGACCACAGCUUCUAGGAGUUAUCACACCACCAUUCCAGUUGCUGCGCACACUGUGCUCACGGUUGGUGGGCGGGCAACAGGUUUUGCAGAGAUUGUCACAACUCCAAACGAAGUUGUACUAGAUGUUGAAAGUGGUCAGUGUAAAGCUGUUUCGCGUCUCAUCGAAAAGUUUACCGAAACAGAGUCAUCACCGAUCGCAGAAAGCAAAUUGGAUAAAAUUGGAAUACGCGGGCACUAUGCCAUCGCCGGUGGGCACGGUGUCUUGAUUGGCGGAGGCGAGGGGUUCAAUGCGCUGAGAAAAGAUCCAUCGAGUGAAGCCUUCAUUUGUCUACCCUCCGUCUCCAACAGCGUCUUUUCCCUUGGUAAAAUGAAGGACCGACGAUGCUAUGCAGUGUGUGCGGUGAAUGCAACCGAUGGAACGGCCUGGCUGCAAGGCGGUUUGGGAGGCCAGAAAAAACCCCUUCGCUCACUCGCUCGUCUGAUUUGCGCUGAUUAA